UGUACAGUAACAUGUCCCAUGUAGAAGUUACUGAGUCUGCACUGUCCCAAAGGCAAAAGCAUUAAGUAAGUGAAAUAUAUUGUAACCCUGUCUGUAACCUGGCAGCUACCCAGCAUGCACUGCUCUCAGCCACUCACUCACUGUCAGUUCUAUUCAGUAACAAGUAGAAAGCAGUAAAACUCUGCAGGCAGAUCCACUGAGCUCUGUAAUCCCAUUUCCCUUUAUUCUGGUGCCCACAUGCGGCUGCUCCUGCACUGCCAGCUCUCCUGAUCUGCAUCUGCCCACCAGCAAUAUGGCCGCCUCUCUGGGGCAGGGACAACUCUGAGAGGGAAGCCAUUGUUUGAUUGGUCUGAAACCGAACCAGCUCAUUGGCUAAAGGGCGGAGCUGCCUUCCCAGGGGGAGGGGUGAGAGAUCUUUGUGCUUCUCUCUAGUUUCAGACCGGAUAGAGGGAAAGGCUGAACCCUUCCUGUAACUGCCUUAUUCUGUGUCCCUGGGCUGCUGGGGGGGUACAUGAAGGCGGAACCCAAUUUAGACUCUGCUGAACUGCCCAAACCAGAGACCGACUCGGAGUCCGGCACAAGAGAUGGCGAUUGCUUAACAAGCUCUGAUGGAUCAGGUUUUAUCUGCUAUAAGUGUGGGGAAACCUUCACUGUGAAUAGUCAUCUUCUCGCCCACCUCUGUGGGACACACAGGAGAAUAAACUCUGGAGAGAAACUAUACAGCUGUACAGAAUGUGGGAAAAGAUUUUCUUUGUUACCGAGUUUGGUUACACACAUAAGAAUCCACGCAGGGGAGAAACCAUUCACCUGUACAGAAUGUGGGAAAUGUUUUAAAAGAAAGGACCACCUUAGCACGCACCAGAAACUUCACAUAGAGCGGCCCCCAGUCACCUGUACGGAAUGUGGGAAAAGCUUUACUUCAAAGAGAAACCUCAGAACUCACCAAAUCAUUCACAUGGAACAGGGUCCAAUCACCUGUACGGAAUGUGGGAAAAGCUUUACUUCAGAGAAAAGGCUCCAAACUCACCAAUUGACUCAUACAGAAAAGGGCCCAGUCACCUGUACGGAAUGUGGGGAAAGAUUUAGUUCACAGAGAAACCUCAGAACUCACCAAAUCAUUCACAUGGAAGAGAACGCAAUCACCUGUACGGAAUGUGGGAAAAGAUUUACCUCACAGAGAAACCUCAGAAAUCACCAAGCGAUUCACAUGAGAAAGGAACCAAUCACCUGUACGGAAUGUGGGAAAAGCUUUACUUCAAUGUCCAGCCUUUAUGUACAUGAAAGAAUUCACACAGGGGAGAAACCAUUCUCCUGUACAAAAUGCAGGAAAUGUUUUUCUGAUCGGAGCAGUCUCCAGAAACAUGAAAUGGCUCACAAAAACAAUCCCUAUGUAUGUAGUGAGUGUGAUAGAAUGUUUCCCGAUAUGGAAAUGCUUCUCUGGCACCAGGCCGUUCAUACGUGUUCCAUAUGUGAAGUAUGUGGGAAAUGUUUUCCUGAGAAGAGCUCUCUUAAAAAUCAUCAGAGAAUUCACACAGGGGAGAAACCAUUCAGCUGCACAGAAUGUGGGAAAGGAUUUACAGAAAAGGCAAAACUUAUAGUUCACCAAAGAAUUCACACCGGAGAGAAACCCUUCUUCUGUACAGAAUGUGGGGAGAGUUUUAUUGAAAAGAGAAUCCUUCAAAUCCAUCAAAGAUGUCACACCGGGGAGAAACCAUUCACCUGUACAAAAUGUGGGAAAUGUUUUUCUGCAAAAUCCACAUUUUACGUACACAAAAGAUCUCAUUCUAAAAAGAAACCAUUCACCUGUAUAAAAUUUGGAACAUGUUUUACUGCAAAGACCAGCCUUAAUAGCCACCAAAAGGUUCACACUGGGGAGAAACCAUUUACCUGUACUGAAUGUGGGAAAUGUUUUACUACAAAAGGAAACCUUAAACUGCACCAGAAAACUCACACUGAAGUGAAACCAUUCACCUGUACAAAAUGUGGGAAAAGUAUUAAUGAUAAGAGCAGUCUAUGCAAACAUGAAAUAAUUCACAGGAGGAAGAGACUAUUUACUUGUCAAGAAUGUGGGAAAAGUUUUUCUGCAAAAUCCACAUUUCAUGUGCACAAAAAAUAUCAUGCUAAAAAGAAACCAUUCACCUGUACCGAAUGUGGGAAAAGCUUUACUCUGAAGGGAGGCCUUUGUGUACAUAAAAGAAUUCACACCGGGGAGAAACCAUAUACCUGUUUAGAAUGUGGGAAAUGUUUUACUGCAAACACCGGCCUUAAACACCACCAAAGAAUUCACACUGGAGAGAAACCAUUUACCUGUACUGAAUGUGGGAAAUCUUUUAGUGAAAAGAGAAACCUUCGUAUACAUAUAAGAACUCACACCGGGGAGAAACCAUAUACCUGUAUAGAAUGUGGGAAAUGUUUUACUUCAAAGACCGGCCUUAAUUGCCAUCAGAAAGUUCACACUGGAGAGAAACCAUUUACCUGUUCUGAAUGUGGGAAAUGUUUUACUAGAAAACAAAACCUUGAAAUGCACCAGAAAAUUCACACUGAAGAGAAACCAUUCGCCUGUAUUGAAUGUGGGAAAUGUUUUACUACAAAAGGAAACCUUAAACUGCACCAAAAAAUUCACACUGAAGUGAAACCAUUCACCUGUAGAGGAGACGGAAAGGAUUUCACAGAAAUUGGCAGCGUUUGCAAACAUGGAAGAAUUCACACCAGGGUGAGACCAUUCACCUGUACAGAAUGUGGGAAAAGUUUUACUGAAAAGAGAUACCUUCAAAGACAUAAAAAAAAUCACACUGGGGAGAAACCAUUCACCUGUACAGAAUGUGGGAAAUGUUUUACUACAAAGCCCGACCUUAAUCGCCACCAAAAUGUUCACACUGAAGAGAAACCAUUUACCUGUUCUGAAUGUGGGAAAUGUUUCCGUGAAAAGAGAAACCUUCAUCUACAUAUAAGAACUCACACUGGGGAGAAACCAUAUACCUGUAUAGAAUGUGGGAAAUGUUUUACUACAAAAUCUGACCUUAAUCGCCACCAAAAACUUCACCGUUCACCUGUACAGAAUGUCGGAUAAGGUUUUCUCUUGAAACCACCCUUUACAAACACCCAGUAGAUGUUCAGGAGAAACCUGGGGGUGUGGGAUAUUAAAAGCACUGGAACAUCA